AGUGCAACAGCAGCCGCUCCGGGGAAUGCCCACAGAAUAACCAAUCUGUCCGACGGAUUUUGAUGCGAGUGAGAUGAACUUCCUGGAGACCUGAAGAGAUGAUUUUCCUAUAAGUUGCGUAAAGUCGCCUGCACUUCACCGGCGAUGUAACUCUAGUACUAUGAAAUAAUUAUGCAAGAGAACGAACCGAAUUGUUUGUACCUGCGGUAUCCCAAGGACAUGAUGUCAUCGGCUUUCCCUCGAACGGGAUGUCUGGUCUUUUGCGUGAUUUUAGUCCUGACUUGUUCCCUGUACCCUGUGCUGAAGACACUGUGUGUUCAGAUUCACUCUGCUGUUACAGGAAGCUAUGUGGCCGGAUAUCACUCAGUGCUGCUUGUCAACUGUCCAACAGAACAAACUGCUAGAGACGUUGGCAGGAGCAUCAUGGAAAAAAGGCUGGCAGCAUGUGUGAAUAUAUUUCCUCGCACUACCACCAUGUACUACUGGAAAGGAGAGAUACGGGAUACCUCAGAAAUACUGCUGCUUGUGAGGACAAGAACGUCUCUGGUGCAGAGACUUGUGGAUUAUAUAAAAGCUAUGCAUCCAUAUGACAUUCCAGAAAUCAUCAGUUUUCCUAUUGAUGAUGGAAGCCAGCAUUACUUCAAUUGGAUGGAAGAUGCAGUCACUGAUAUUUGACACAUCAGUGUCUGCCAUCCAGAGAAGAAGCUCUCCUUUUGGAAGCUCACUAUACAGAAACAUUGAGAGGAUAUGGGAACAUGAGCACAAAUUCUCAGGUUAAUGGGAACCCUGGCCCACACAAUGCGUGUCUGUUAAUAUAAGGAUGAAUGCAUAGAGUGUUAUUGUGAUCAGUUUCAGUGACUGUUAUGCUAAUAUUUAUUGACCAUUUUAUUGAUGUGAAUUACUUUAUUAUGAAGAGUAUAACUUGAUGAAUAUGAAUUCAUGUAAUUGUUAAAACAUGCUCAUUUAUUACACAUACAUAUACACUCACCUAAAGGAUUAUUAGGAACACCUGUUCAAUUUCUCAUUAAUGCAAUUAUCUAAUCAACCAAUCACAUGGCAGUUGCUUCAAUCCAUUAAGGGUUGUGGUCCUGGUCAAGACAAUCUCCUGAACUCCAAACUGAAUUUUAGAAUGGAAAAGAAAGGUGAUUUAAGCAAUUUUGAAUGUGGCAUGGAUGUUGGUGCCACACGGGCCAGUCUGAGUAUUUCACAAUCUGCUCAGUUACUGGGAUUUUCCCGCACAACCAUUUCUAGGGUUUACAAAGAAUGGUGUGAAAAGCGAAAAACAUCCAGUAUGCGGUUUUUCUUGGCACACUUUAGGCCCUUUAGUGCCAACUGGGCAUUGUUUAAAUGCCGCAGCCUACCUGAGCAUUGUUUCUGACCAUGUCCAUCCCUUUAUGACCACCAUGUACCCAUCCUCUGAUUGCUACUUCCAGCAGGAUAACGCACCAGGUCACAAAGCUCGAAUCAUUCCAAAUUGUUUUCUUGAACAUGACAAUGAGUUCACUGUACUAAAAUGGCCCCCACAGUCACCAGAUCUCAACCCAAAAUCUCCAUCACCUCAAGAUGCUAUCCUAUCAAUAUGGGCCAACAUUUUUAAAGAAUGCAUUCAGCACCUUGUUGAAUCAAUGCCACGUAUAAUUAAGGCAGUUCUGAAGGUGGGAGGGGGUCAAACACAGUAUUAGUAUGGUGUUCCUAACAAUCCUUUAGGUGUGUGUUUAUAUAUAAAACUUAUUUCUAAUGGUUGGUGUUCAUGUAGUGGUUGAGCAGAAUUUGAGUGGUUUAUUUUUUUUCUCCAAAUAUUAAUUUCAAAAUAAAUGAAUGGGGCCUCUUCAACUUUGCAAUAAUCACUUUUUAUUAUUAAAUGCGGUACAGUAUAUGACACAUUAAGUUAAUUAUUUUGCAAUAUUCCUAUAUAAUGUAAAUAUUGAUGUUCCUGACAUUACAUAAGAGCAUACAAAUCCAGAAGUUGUGGUCAGGCUUUUUUUCAUAUACAUGACAAACAUUUUCUUUUUUUACACAAAAUAAUAUGUUGUAUAGUUGGUUUAGCAAUCAUUUUCUGUUCCAUCAAAUAAUCUAAAUCUUAAAAUUACCACAUUUUCACUGUGUGAGGCUACAAAAGCUUGUUUUGUUGAAUGAGUUUAUGUCUGCACUCUUCUUGCUUUUGAAAUGAUGUUUCCGGAACUGUUAAAACACAAUAGAAGUGCAGAGUUGAGGAAGUGCUUUUGUAUGUAGGGAUUUGUUGAGAUCCAGUCGUGAUGAAGUCAUCAAUCUGACCUCUCUAUCUAUCUAAUCUAACCAGCUAUACCUAGCAACCUUCAGUGACAUACUGAUUUGAAAUACAGACACUCUCCUUUGUUUAUAUUAUGUAUACAGUAUGUUUACAUACUGUGUAUACAGCACAUAUUACUCCUGUUCUUAUAUUAACUUCACUUCUUAUAUCAAGGAUAGCUGUCUAGGUUGUUUCCAAAGCUCCCUAUGUCUGUUUCUGUAUUUUCUUUCAUGGUAAGUAAGUAAGCAGCCAAUCGAGUUUACUCAAUAAACAUGUAAGAUGCUGGUUGUGCCGAAAAUAAAGGGGGUUAUAAUAACA